AGAAUUUGCAGCAGAGUGUAUUUACACCAUUUUAGAUACGCAUGAUGGAUACCUACCUCAGCUAACUAUUGCCCGAGGCUAGGAAAAGUGCAGGCAGCUCACACCUGGAUGUUUGAGUCGUGCACGAGGGCCAAGUUGUGAGCUGGUGACCGCCUCCAUUCCACAAUCCUGUGGAUCACCUCGUCUAUCUUGCAGUUUCUUGCAGUGGAGAAGCAAAGGGUUCAGUGAUGGGGGACCGCAAACGCAAGCUGAGUCUGUUUGAUCAGCUUGACGAUAACCGGGAUCCGAAUAAACCCAAAGUGGUGGUGAAUGGAGCCAUGCCUGCAAUCAACACUAUGACCGGACGGCCUUACACGCAGAGGUAUUUUGACAUCUUAGAUAAGCGGAAGACUCUACCCGUGUGGCAGCAGAAGGCAGAGUUUAUCAAGAUGCUUGCGGCCAACCAGAUCAUCAUCUUGGUGGGAGAGACGGGGAGUGGGAAGACAACUCAGAUCCCCCAGUUUGUCGUCGAGGCCGGUUUCACUGCUGGCAAGAAGAUGGUCGCCUGCACACAGCCCCGUCGAGUCGCCGCCAUGUCUGUCUCGAAGCGUGUCGCAGAGGAGAUGGACGUCGUUCUCGGCGAAGAGGUCGGGUACAGCAUCCGUUUCGAGGACCUCAGCGGCCCGAAAACUGUCCUCAAGUACAUGACGGACGGAAUGCUCCUGCGCGAGGCGAUGACCGACCCGAUGCUCGAGCGGUACAGCGUACUGAUUCUCGACGAAGCGCACGAGCGGACGCUGAGCACGGACGUGCUGUUCGGGCUGCUGAAGCAGGUGCUCGCGCGGCGGCCGACGCUCAAGCUGGUGGUCAUGAGCGCCACGCUUGAAGCCGAGAAGUUCCAGGGGUACUUCCAGUCUGCGCCGCUCAUGAAAGUUCCCGGUCGGCUGCAUCCAGUGGAGAUCUUCUACACACAGGAGCCCGAGCGCGAUUAUCUCGAGGCCGCAAUCCGCACCGUCGUUCAGAUCCAUCUUUGCGAGCCCCCGGGCGACGUCCUCGUCUUUCUGACGGGUGAAGAAGAGAUCGAGGACGCAUGCAAAAAGAUAAACAGGGAGGUUACGAAUCUGGGCGAUCAGGUGGGGGACGUCAAAGUGGUGCCCCUCUACUCGACGCUCCCCCCCGCCGCGCAGCAACGGAUCUUCGAUGCGGCACCGCCGCCACGGAAGGAGGGCGGCCCUCCUGGGAGAAAGAUUGUGGUGUCAACGAACAUUGCGGAGACGUCGCUGACGAUUGACGGGAUUGUGUACGUGAUUGAUCCCGGGUUUGCAAAACAAAAGGUGUACAACCCCCGUAUCCGUGUCGAGUCCCUGCUGGUGUCCCCCAUCAGCAAGGCGAGCGCGCACCAGCGUGCGGGGCGUGCUGGGCGUACACAGCCUGGGAAAUGCUUCCGGCUGUACACCGAGAAGAGCUUCACCGGGGACCUGCAGGAGCAGACAUACCCCGAAAUCCUGCGGUCCAACCUGGCUAACGUGGUGCUCACGCUAAAGAAGCUGGGCAUUGACGACUUGGUUCACUUCGACUUCAUGGACCCGCCCGCGCCCGAGACGCUGAUGCGCGCGCUGGAGCUGCUCAACUACCUAGGCGCGCUGGACGACGACGGCAACCUCACGCAGACGGGCGAGCUCAUGAGCGAGUUCCCACUUGACCCCCAGCUGUCCAAGAUGCUUGUCGCCAGCCCCCAGUUCAACUGCUCCAACGAGAUUCUUUCUAUCACCGCCAUGCUGUCCGUCCCCAAUUGUUUCCUGCGCCCGAGAGAGGCACAAAAGGCGGCGGAUGAGGCCAAGGCCCGCUUCGCGCACAUUGACGGCGACCACCUCACGCUGCUCAACGUGUACCACGCCUACAAACAAAACAGUGAAGACCCCUCCUGGUGCUACGACAACUUCCUCAACCUGCGGGCGCUCAAGUCUGCGGACAAUGUGCGCGGCCAGCUAACAAGAAUCAUGGCGAGGUACAAUCUGCGGAUGUGCAGCACGGAUUUUAACAGCCGCGAGUACUACAUCAAUAUCCGCAAGGCCAUGCUCGCGGGCUUCUUCAUGCAGGUCGCCCACCUGGAGCGCACCGGCCACUACCUCACAGUCAAGGACAACCAGAUGGUGCACUUGCAUCCCUCAGCGUGCUUAGACCACAAGCCGGAGUGGGUGCUGUACAACGAGUUCGUCCUGACUAGCAAAAACUUCAUUCGAACCGUUACAGAAGUCAAGGGCGAGUGGCUGAUUGACAUAGCGCCGCACUACUACGACCUGGAGAACUUCCCCCAGUGCGAAGCCCGGCGAGUAUUGGAGAGACUAUACAUGAAGAAGGAGAAGGAUAAAAAAGAGAGGCAGAGCAAAUGGGAUCGAGCUGCCUAGUGUCAUAAAGAGUCUUUGACUUAGACCGAGAGCAAGCAUGCGACUCUUACUUGGUCAGAACCGCCAAGUUCUUCAAUGCCUUCGCAGUAAGGAAACGGAUCCCAAAAUUUGGAAAAGUCAUCUUUCGAGAUCAUGACGGUCGUGCCUUCAAUCUGUCAUACUCGGCAUCAAGUACGCUUGGCGA